UUGAAGACUUGGCCUGGUUUUCAACAUCUCAAGGUUUGAUUGAAAAUAGCUAGAGAAAUUGGGGGACCGUUUAGAGACUUCCACCAUUCACGUUAUUGUGUUAGGUCAAAGUCUUUGGACACUUCUCAUCACACUAAAUAUAAAAUUGAUGAUCACUGAAACUUUCUCUGAAAUAUCUAGUGAUUCCUCUCUAAUUUGUUAUUUCUAUGGCUGAUUCUUAUCUAUCAAUGGCCACCUUCCACCUUCUCUUCUAUUCUAUCCUAUUUUCUUCUUGUUAUUUGGAUAAGUUCAGUGUUUAUGGAGCAAACCAUCAAAUGAAGUCUCUCUUGCCUGUAUCCGCUUCCUUGACUUCUACAAAUAAAGGUUCCAAAGGGCAAUGUCAAGGUCUGAACUGCCAAGAGAAAUCAGAACCCAAUUCUCAAAAAAUUCUUCUGCAAGACAACUAUAGAUUUCGUUCAUUGAAAUCCAUUGAAGUGGUAAAUAAAUAUGGGGAAGGGAUCCGUUUGCCUCUAACUUUAAAAGGAGAUGACAACUUUUUGACGACAGUAGGUUUUGGCACUCCUAAAAUUGAUUUUACCUUAAUUUUUGACACAGGAAGUGAUAAAACUUGGAUUAAUUGCAAUAAUAACCAAGUCCCAUUUUUUGACCCUUCUUCAUCUUCUACUUCUUCAAAUGUUUCUUGCAAUCCUUGCAACUACAGAGCGGAUUAUGCCGAUGGAACCUAUUCAACUGGGUAUUAUGCAAAUGACACUCUCACUAUAACAUCAAAUCCAUAUCCUAACUUCGUUUUUGGCUGUGCUCAGGAAAUUAAAGGAAAUUUUGGUGGGGCAAAUGGGUUACUAGGAGUUGGGCCAGGACAGUUCUCUUUAAUGGCGCAAACUGAUACAAGCUAUUUUAGUUUGUUUUGCUACUGUCUUCCAGCAACCGAAAGCUCUACUGGGUAUAUUGUGUUUGGAGUCCAAGCCUAUGAAACUUGCCAACCUGACGAGAAUAAAAUGAUACCAAUAGGACCUGCCCCAACUGACAAAUCUACACUUACUAGUUACUCUGUAAAACUCACUGCCAUAACAAUUGGCCAACAAAGGUUACCUAUGUCUUCAUCUUUGAACGCCGUUAUAGACUCGGGAACUGUAAUCACACGCCUACCACCUUCUCUAUAUUCGAGUCUUAGCUCUGCAUUUCAGGGGUUGAUGUCACAGUACCCAAGAGCUCCUCGAUCUCCUCCAUUGUUGGAUAUAUGCUAUAAUCUCGUUGGCCAUACUAAUUGGACACCACCAAACAUGGUGCUGCAAUUUGAAGGUUUGAAUGUGCCUUUGGAGCCAUCUGCUGUUACAUUCAGAGACAAAAAUGAUUCUCAGGUUUGCUUGGCUUUUGCAAGAAAUGUCAAGGAAGAUGACUUGAUCAUUAUUGGUAAUAAACAACACAGGGCUCUAAAUAUUUUCUUCGAUAUCAGUAAUAAAAAUAUGGCAUUCGGACGCGGUUGCUCAAAUAUAUAGCUAAUUAGCUACCCAUCAAAUCAUCUCAAUCAGCUUCUCUGAAUUUUAUUAUUUCGAAAUGUAUGAUUAUCAGUAAUAAAAUGUAUCCACUCUUUGGGAUAAUUUUCAAG